CCCGCCAAUGAGCUCCGUUGGCUGAAGAGGUGGGAGGCUCAAAGGAGACGGCGGAAGUGGCGGAGGAGGGGAAGGCGAAGCGCACUAGUGUUUUCGUCUUGCUAUAAUGCGCAUAUAUAUAUGCAUCAUUGCAGUAGUGGAGUCUCUGUGGACUUCCACUAUCUGGUUUCCUCUCUCUUCCAUUCCCCAAUUUCAGCACCUCUCCAGAUUUUUGGAGCUAUGUCCGACCCCGAAGCUCUGAUCGACGGCCUAGUCGGCGCCGGCGGUGGAUUUAUCGCUCAGCUCGUCACAUAUCCUCUCCAAACUGUAAAUACUCGGCAACAAAUAGAGAGGGAUCGGAAUGUGAGGAGGAAAUUUGGGGCUUUGGAACAAAUGUAUCAUAUUGUAGAGCAGGAAGGGUGGGAGCGGCUCUAUGGAGGAUUCGCUCCGUCGCUCGUCGGCAUUGUGACGUCUGAGGGUGUUCACAAUUAUUUCUAUCAGAAAUUCAGGAACAAGGCUGAGACCACUGCUCUGGCUGGGUGUGUAAGUGCGCUGUUGACGAAUCCUAUUUCGCUGGUCGUGACUCGCAUGCAGACUCACACAAAGAAAAACCAACUGAAUCAUACAGAUUUGCUGUCUCCCGAGGAUGUGAUUCCUUCUGAAGACGAACCUCCUCCCUUUGGUAUUAACCUUGCGAUUCAAGAAGUCUAUGGUGAGAGGGGAGUCUUGGGAUUUUGGAGAGGUGCUUUGCCUACACUUAUCAUGGUAACCAAACCUUCUAUACAGUUUAUGUUGUAUGAGCCUCUCUUGAAGGAGCUGAAGAAGCGAAAGCGGCUUUCAAGCGAUAAGCAUAACCGUGACGCCACUAGCCUUGAGAUUUUUUUGCUGGAAACUUUGGCAAACCUUGGAGCUACAGUUAUGACGUAUCCUCUUCUUGUUAUCAAGUCACGACUUCAAGCAAAGCAAACAGUUGAAGUCGAAAGACAUCGAUACAAAGGCACGGUGGAUGCUAUCGACAAGAUGAUACGCUACGAAGGUUGGUACGGUUUCUACAAAGGGCUGAGCACAAAAAUCGCACAAAGCGUGCUUGCAGCUGCUCUUCCUUUCUUGCUCAAGGAAAAACUUGUCCAGGGCGUCCAAUGGGUGCUAUUAAAGGCUGGCAUUCUCUUUUUCAAAUUCAUAUGGUCUCUUUAACAAUAACUUAUAAAAUAUUCCAUUUGUCCCAUGUUAUUACGCUUGUAUUCUUAUGUCUCAUUAUAAGCAAAUUUGUCCCAUGUUA